UGUGGUUCUGGUGGACUUCAGGGAGGACAGGGUCUCUGUGAACGUGGUGAUGGGUCAUGCUGUUAGAGAUGUUGAAGUUCUUCAGGAAGCAGACUCGGGGAUGGCAGAGCGUCUCCAGUCCUUCUUCCUUCCCCUGAUGACCCCUGUCCUGGACCCCGAGGAGCUGAGACUGAGGAGGACCAGGGUCCGCCAGUGGCUUGAGAAAAACCGGCUUCCUGUGGACGAGGACAGGGACAAGCUGAGCGUGGCGGGGGUCCUGACCAUCAUGGCUCCGUACAGACCUGAGGACUGCUGCAGCUCCAACCAGAUCAUCCUGGACCGCAUCCAAAAACUCAUCCAGGUCCAUCCAGAGACUGGUCCAUGUCCAGCUGAACACAGCACUGGGAUCAGUCUGGACCUGGAUCAGCACUAAUCCAUGUUCUGGACAGGUCCACUUCCUCUUCCUGAAGUCAUGCUGGUGACAUGAUUUUGUUCCUUUCAGAAUAAAAGCACUGUAACUCUGUGAA